AUGAGUGCGGGAGAUGUAAUACGGCGGGUUAUAAUGUCUCGUAAUGUGAGGCGACCGAUGGAGCCCAGCUUACCGGAACUUUCGUCGGCUCGUCGCGCUCUUUUUACCCCCGUUGAUCACGAGGAAAAUCUGCGCUGCUUACAAGAAGAAACAAAAAAGAUAAAAGAACAACAGAAAAUGCGAUGGAAUUUUGAUUUUGAGCAAGAAACACCCCUAGAAGGCCGUUACGAACUGAUAACUGUUCAAGAUGUAAUCCCUCCAAACUUGCAAUAUGAAAGCAGUAGUGCAGACAGUGCUUGCGCAACAGAAGUGCAGCAAAGCAAGCUGUGCAGCACAGAAUGUUCGGGUGCACCUUGCCUGACAAGUUUUGCGGUAACAAAAACCAAGCCGUCUUGCAUUACAGCAGAUACUAGAAUCAAUGCAAGUUCGACGUCGAAAGAAGAGGAAAGAAGAGUUGGCUGUAACGUUUCACAACACCUAAGAAUAACCGGUAAGGUCAUUAUUUCUAAGUAUAGUCUAGAAAGUUGA